AGACUGACCGGAUUUCAGCAGCACGCACAGAGAAAGGAGGAAACUGCGGCUCCCACUGAAACAUCCACAUCUGAGAAGAAACUUUUUUCCCCUUCUUUCUUCCUCUCCGGUCUUUUGCCUCCAGUAAUAAUAUCCGGAUCUGCUCACACAGGAAUUAUCGCACUUUGAAGACACCGAGCUGAGCUGGGAGGAAGCGCUGAUUCACACUCUGCUGAUUUCUUUCUCGGGGUGGGGGGGACUUAAAAGUUCACAACGCCAUGUCUGGUGAGUCGGAUCACAGUCGGCGGUUCUGCGUGCUGUCUUGGGAUCAGGUGCAGCGCUUGGACUCGAUCCUGGGCGAGGCUAUCCCCAUCCACGGCCGAGGAAACUUCCCCACGCUCUCCGUACAGCCCCGCCAGAUUGUCCAGGUUGUGCGAGCGAGGCUGGAGGAAAGAGGUGUGCAUGUUAAGGAUGUGAGGUUGAACGGCUCGGCUGCCAGCCACGUGCUCCAUCAGGACACGGGACUAGGCUACAAGGAUCUCGACCUGAUCUUUGGCGUGUCGCUGAAAGAUGACCAGGCCUUCCGUCUGGUGAAAGACGUCGUGCUGGACUGCCUGUUGGACUUCUUGCCAGCCGGGGUCUCUAAGGAGCGCAUCACAGCACUGACCCUUAAAGAGGCCUAUGUGCAGAAACUUGUGAAAGUCUGCAAUGACACGGACCGUUGGAGCCUCAUCUCGCUGUCCAACAACACAGGCAAGAACGUGGAGCUUAAGUUUGUGGACUCUUUACGGCGGCAGUUUGAAUUCAGUGUAGACUCCUUCCAGAUUUGCCUUGAUUCUCUGCUCUUGUUUGACCGCUGCUCUGAGACGCCCAUGUCUGAGAGCUUUCACCCCACCGUAAUUGGCGAAAGCGUGUACGGGGACUUCAAAGAAGCUAUGGAACAUCUGUGUCAGAGGACCAUAGCUACUCGCACCCCUGAAGAAAUCAGAGGGGGUGGCUUGUUGAAGUACUGCCACUUGCUCGUGCGAGGCUUCAGACCCUCGUCAGAGGCGGACAUGAAACAGAUGCAGCGCUACAUGUGCUCACGCUUCUUCAUUGACUUCCCCGACAUAGGUGAGCAGCAGAGAAAGCUCGAGGCUUAUCUGCAGAACCACUUCGCCGGGAUGGAGCACAAGCGGUACGAGUGCCUCACGACUCUGCACCAAGUAGUGAACGAGAGCACAGUGUGUCUGAUGGGCCACGAGCGGCGCCAGACGCUCAGCCUCAUCUCCAUGCUGGCGCUGAAGGUGCUGGCUGAGCAGAAUGCUAUCCCCACAGUAACCAAUGUGACCUGUUACUACCAGCCAGCGCCGUAUGUGCAGGACAUAAACUUCAGCAACUAUUAUAUUGCACACGUGCAGCCGCCACAGGUCGCCGCGUGCAGUGCUUCAUAUCAGACGUGGCUGCCCUGCAGUUGAGCUGGUGUCAGGGCGCGGAGGUCACUGUGUCUCCACUGCAUCGCUCUGUCCAGGAUGUGGACUGAAAACAAACAAUAAUGAAACCCAUUUGCCAAAUGUGACUUUAUAAAAACAAUCCUGUACUGCUGUACAUCUGAUUGAGCCGACAAGUUUUUUUUUUUUCGUUUUUUUUUCUUCAUUUUUUAAAUUUUUUUUUUUUUCCACUUGUUUUCUCUUGCAAGAGAAGAAUCUGUAAGAUUGCUGGUCAUUUCUGAGAUGUAGCGAUAAUAUCUUUAAGUAUUAAAAAAAACAACUUUGUCAGGUGUGCAUUUUUGAGGAAGCAGACAAUGAAGCUGGUGGUGUUUUCAUACCCUGGCUUUUAUUUUGUUUUUUUUAAAUUUCAUACGGACCAAAGAUAUGUAGUUUUUCUUUUUUGUUCUUUGUUCUGAAAGGGAAUGUAAUCACACUCCCAAGUGCCUUAAAAAAAAAACGACAAACAAAAAUCCCACAAUGUUCUGAAAACAUCUGUAAAGUGAGAAUUGUGCAUCCAGUGUUUUCUAGAUUACUCUGUUUCUCUGCAUUCAUUUUUGAGGGUGUGGGGUUUUUUUUUUUUUUUUCCCCCCCCCCUCCUUUGGUAUUGUGGUUUCUGCUGGCCUGUAAUGAUUGUUGAUAUUUUAAUCUUUGGUUUUUAGGACUGGUCAUUGUCUGAGCUGCUUCAAAAUUCACACAGUUGAGUUUUUAUAUUGUUACGUGUCCACAAUAAACAAUGUGCUUUGGCCAAGACGUGACACACAGUGA